CAGCUCUGCUAGUAAGUUACCCUGAACCCAAUUGCAAGAUCCGCACGGGACCACUAAGUCAGGCCGUUUGAUAUCGAAAGAAGCAAGGUACUGACCUGAAGUUCUGCUCUAGUCAGCUCAUCUCACUUGAUUAAACCGGCAGUCGCGAUGAUGGAAACGGAGUCCAUUCCUGAUACGGCUCUAGUCAAAGCGCUGAAUUAUGGCGGCACCUUCCACCAGUCAUUCUCUUCUCUAGAUGCCGAUGUUGUGCUCGGCGCCAAAGAUCAAACUCUGUUCCGCAUCCACUCAUGGACGCUCAAAACGACAUCGGGCUGGUUCCGAUCCCUCUUUUCCAUGCCUCAACAAAACCCUCUCCCUAAUCACCCCGAGGUCAUCAAUCUAGACGAGGACUCGCACACACUAGAGAGUCUCCUACUCAUGAUCUGCGGUCUGCCGAUCAAUCCACUCACGUCGUAUGAUGAAGCCGAUGCAAUGUUAUUCGCUGCAGAAAAAUACGACAUGCCAGGGCCUAUGUCGCUCAUACGCGUGCUUAUCAUGACGCCCCCGUUCUUAGACCAGCCUCUGCGUCUAUACGCAGCUGCAACCCGUUGUGGAUGGGAAGAGGAGGCCAGACAUGCAUCCGCGCAGUCGCUCGCUCUGAACAUCUACGCACAGGAAUAUCAACCCGUCCUCCGAAAGCUGCACACGGGUGCUGUGCUUGACCUGAUGAACUUGCAUCGCAAUCGACGCGAGGGCAUCCGGCAACGACUCAAUGAGCAGCCGUUCGUGACAGGAAGCAUGACAGCAUCUUGUCCGAGGUGUAGAUGGAAGAUUGAUCAUCAUACGUGGAGAGAGCUCAAGUAUAGAGUCGUGAUGGAGAUGGAUGUGCGACCGCUGGGAGACACGGUCGUCGAUGUGGGAUUGACUGAGUGGCCUGAAGCGAUCGCAUGUUGGGAUGCCAGGUGCCCUAAUACUGAGUGCACGUGCGUGUUGUACGACAAGGUCGAGACUUUGCGUCUCAUUCGAGAUUGCAUUGACGGCCUUCCUAAGACGACGUGAAACGUAGUAGUGCACUACUAGACACGAUAUAUCAUGAUAUCAAUAGGUUAGUCGAGCAAAUGUUAUAUUUCAAGGAUGCCCAAUUUUGGCCAAAUUAGGAAUAUUUAUACUCA